AUGACCUGUCCAUUUUACGAAGAGCUGGACCGCAUUUUGGGGAAUAAGCCCAGCGUUCGGUCACUAGAACUGGACAGCUGCUCCGGCCACGAGGAGCCCGAGGUGGAGGGGGAGGAGGAGGAGAGCCCAGGUCCCGCUGGUGGUGUCGCGGCCAGCCUGGCUAGUCGCUCUUGCGGUGAAACAGCUGAGGAUGAGGUUCUCACUGAUGAAGACUGUGAUGAGAGGUGCGUCAAACAGACUCCUGAAGGGUCUGAACCUUCACAGGUCAAAGAGGAGCAAGAAGAAGCCUUUAACAGACACUAUGGAGGCUCUGCUCUCUCUGAUACUCAGAGUGCCACCAGUAGCUUUUUGGCCGCUCAGGGUUCCCUGCUGAAGUUUCCGUGCCUCAUCUGCGGCAAACGCUUUAGCUUUCAUAGUACGCUGCUGCGCCACAUAAGGAUCCACACGGGGGAAAAUCCAUAUUCUUGUGACACGUGUGGGAAGAGCUUUAAUCAAAGCGGCAGUCUGAUGAAUCACAUGAAGACCCACACCGACCAGAAACCCUUUUCCUGCCAAACUUGCAAAAAAGGUUUUAGCCGCAGCAAUGACCUGGUGUGUCACAUGAGGACUCACACCGGGGAGAAGCCAUUUUCCUGCAGAACCUGUGGAAAGCGCUUUACACGCAGCAGCGACCUGCUGUAUCACACAAGGACGCACACAGGCGAGAAGCCUCAUUUCUGCAACAUUUGUGGAAAGUGUUUCAGUCUCAGCAACAGCCUCCUGCGCCACACAAGGAUUCACACCGGGGACAACCCAUAUUCCUGUGAAACGUGCGGCAAAAGUUUCAACCAAAGGGGCAGCCUGAUCAUUCAUAGGAGGACCCACACGGGUGAAAAGCCACACACGUGCCAGACGUGCGGCAAAGGCUUCAGUCGCAGCAACGACCUAGCCUGUCACAUGACCACUCACACGCGGGAGAAGCCAUUUUCAUGCAAAACGUGUGGAAAGUGUUUCGGCUUCAGAAGCAGUUUGCUGCGCCACGUUAGAGUUCACACAAAAGAAAGCGCAAGCUGA